AUUACAUAAAGCAGCGCGCUGCGCGCUCGGCGGAGUGCAGCAUGAGUUUGGAAGGGAAAGUGGCUCUGGUCACCGGCGGGGCGCAGGGCAUCGGACGAGCCGUAGCAGAAGCUCUCCUGGAGAAUGAAGCAAAGGUCGCACUGCUAGACCUCAACCAAUCUGUUGGCGAAGAAUGUAAAAGAGAUCUAGAUGGACAGUAUGGAGAGGAUAACUGUAUUUUUAUCCAAUGUGACGUGACGGAUGCGGGGAAACUGGAAGAAGCCUUUCAAAACACAGUCGAGAGGUUUGGCGGAUUGGAUAUUGUCAUCAAUAAUGCUGGGAUCAACAAUGAGAAAAACUGGGAAAAGACCAUUGAAGUAAACCUGACAUCUGUCAUAAAGGGGACAUAUUUAGCCCUGGAACACAUGAGUAAAGAGCAUGGAAAGCAAGGAGGAGUUAUUAUCAAUGUCUCAUCAAUGGCAGCAUUUCUCCAUUCUCCUCACCAGCCGGUGUAUACAGCAACAAAGCAUGGGGUUAUUGGAUUUUCACGAGCCUUGGCGGACGCAUCUGAGCAGGGCAAUUAUGGAGUGAGGAUCAACACACUGUGCCCAGCCUUCGUGGACACCCAACUGCUUCGCACAGUCGAGCAUGAGGAAACUAUGGGCAAGUUUGUCAAGUACAAAGAUGAAUUCAAGCAGAGGAUGGACAAAUAUGGCAUUCUUAAACCAUCUCUUAUUGCAGAAGGAAUGCUUCGAAUCAUAACAGAUGACAGUCUGAAUGGAGCUGUGAUGAAGAUCACCUGUUCUAAAGGGAUUCACUUCCACACCUACGAGCCUCUUUCAGCUUGAGCACAGGGACUUUAGAAAGCCAGUUCUGCUUAUUCAUUUCUCUCCACAGGCUGCUGUACAGUAUGGCCUGAUUAAGCAGGGAAGGUUUGGAUAUUGUACGAGUAUUUUAUUUAUCAAUUCAAGUUUUACAAACCAAAAAAAUCUAUACUGGUGUUUGAUUGUCUUUCUGUAAUACCCUUUAAUACAAAUGUGUACAGACCUGCUUUAACUGUGAGUGAAAACUAAAUAUUUAUUAAUGAUUAAGAAUUAAAGGACUGUUUCUUGGCUUGUAUGAUAUACCUCAAUAAGCUAAAACCAAUAUUUUCUUACAUAUCUGUACAAUUCUUUGUUAUUUUUAGAUCUAUGCCAAAAAAAUGUCCAUGGAAUUGUAAUUUUGUAGAAAUCAAAUAAAAACAUGUAAAGGGA